CUCCGCCCCCAGGCAGCCCGGGCCCGCCAGCAAUCCCUCUCGAAUGGAGAUCCUAGACGAGUUCGACAGCGAGUUUCCCCAGAGCGUGACCUUCUGCCAGCUCAUCUCCGAGGAGGACUUCGAGAGGCAGGCUGCCACCCACACCGAGCGCUCCCUGCGCCGCCUCUUCCGCAGCCUGGACCGCAACCCCGCACUGGCGGAGAGGGUGGUGCGCAAGGGCAAGCAGACCGAAUGCGAGCGCCGCGGGCUCCUCUCCUUCCUUUGGCCCUGCCUCUGCUGUGGUUUGCAGGCGAAGUUCUUCCGUGCCUUCCAGGGGGAGCUGAACCAUUGCAACAGCAUGGGUGCCUUAGAGAUGCACCAGCGCUUGGAGCAGCUGAAGAGGAGCAUCCACCGCGUGCACCUGUACUCCCAGGGCACCAGGAAGAAGAGAAGGAAACCCAAGUUGAGGAAGCCAGGACCCAUCCUCUUGCUGGACCGGUCGACCUCCCCAUGCCUGCCACCAGCACUCUUGCCACCUCCGCCGCUGCCACCCCCUGCCACCACCCUGGCAUCCGUGGUGGCCUCGUCACCUCCCAUCUACACUAUGCCCAGGGUCUUUGGCCCCUUCUCUCCACUGCCCAGCAAGCCGAUGGAGAACUCGGACAUGUCAAGGUCUGAAGGGAAAUUAAACUGGAGUGGCCUGUCAUCAAACCCAAAGAGCCACAUGGUUGACCUGACCCCCUUGGUCCUCAAUCCCGGAGGCUUCCAUUUCUCCUACCUGACUGGAAGCGGUGCACACAAGCUCCACUGUCCUGGCCUCCCCUGGGCCUCGGCCUGUAGUGUCUCCCAAGACACUGAUGAGACUCCAUCUGCGGCUGUCAAGGCUUCCAUCUUCUCCCCGCCGAUGCUCCUCAAGUUCCAGCCCGUGCCCAAACCCAAAGACGACUCAGAAAACGACCCUGGCACUGCAGAGCCCGUGACCCCCAAGAGGAGCCCGUGACCUCUUGCUUGCAGACCCUGGCCUGAGGAAUGAAUAAAGUCCCCAUGGAGGUGCCUUCCUUGUGUGGGC